CUCGUUUUCGAUCCAGGGCUUUCUGAGCUUCUUCUGACCCAUGAUGGGGAAUAUGAAGCUCUGCUUAUUGCUGCUACUCAGCACCUAUGCCGUAGCCCAGCAAGAAGAGUCCAGUUCUCAUCCAGAAUGUCACUUGUCUAAAAGAUUUAAGAUCUACAAAAAAUAUACAUAUCAGUAUGAAGCAGAGAUCCAGAAUAGUGUGAAGGGGACGUCCCACCUCACAAAUGGCCCCAAAGUAUCCUGCAAGGUUGAGAUCGAUGUCCCCCAGGCAUGCAGCUUUGCGCUCCGCACCAGCGAGUGCUCUCUGACCGAGGUUGUGGGAGUGGCCGCAGAUGGGACAACCACCUAUGCACCGCCUGCUGAGGCCCAGGCCUUCCAAGCAGCCAUGGAGAAGAAUACACUGAAGUUUGUAGUUGAGGGUGAGACCAGUGUGACACUCUACCCUGAGGGCGAUGAAGCUGACAUCCUGAACUUCAAGAGGGGUAUCAUCUCUGCUUUGAUUGUGCCUGUCAUGGAGAAGGAGCAGAGCAAAGACAUGGUCACUGUCCAUGGAAUCUGUGCCACUGAUGUCAAGGUCAACACCAGGGAGGAUAUUGCCACCGAUGUCAGCAUCACUAGGGACCUGUCUGGUUGUGAUAGCUUUAAAACCCAAAGGAGCCACAACAGCCCCCUCGCUAUAAUCACUGGCUUGCAAUACCCUCUGUCCAAGCUGAUUGGAAGUACCCAGGCCUGCAACUAUAAGUUUGACAACCAGAAAAAGCACAUGACCUCUGCUACAUGCACAGAGAAGCACAUCUUCCUUCCCUUCUCUAACAAGAAUGAGUAUGGCAUCUCUUCCCUUGUGAAGCAAACCCUAACUCUUCAGGGAACCAGCAAGAUCAAUGACAGAGUUUUUGAUUACCGUUCUACUGACCGCAAGCACUUGGCUCUGGAGGUUGUGGAGGAUAAGGCCCCAGUCCAGACCUCUGAGACCCUACUGUCCACCUUCAGAGAGCUGAAAUCAAUGCACGAAAGACCACAUGGCAACCAGAGGGCAAGCACCUUCCAGAGACUGGUGUCUGAGCUCCGUGGACUGGAGAUUGAAGCUCUGAAACAGGCCACCACCCAGAUGGUGGAGGAAGACCAGCUUCUGACCUGGCAGGCCCUGACGCAGUGCGGCACUGCAGAGUGCGCCAGCUCCAUGUUAUAUAUCCUCAAGACCUUUGACUCUGAUGCCAUCGAGGUAGAUGCUGCUGUCUAUGCUCUGGGAAUGAUGCACAUCCCCACUGGCCUCUUGGUGAAGGACAUACUCGAGAUUGCCCAGACCAAGCAGAGCAAGGCAAUCAUGUAUGCUCUCAGUAAUGUCGUAAGGAGGCAUUUCCAAGCUGAGGGUCAGCUCACCUCUGAGAUUCUGGAGGUGUACAACUUCAUCAACUCUAUCCUUGGUGCCAACUGUGCUGGAGACAAGGAACUGACCUUCCUGACCCUAAGGGUUGUUGGAAACAUGGGCGAGGCAAUGGAAGCAGCUGAUCCCAACAUCAAGAACGCCCUGCUCAAGUGCAUGAGACAGCCUGCCACCACCCUGUCCGUCCAGAUGGCUGCCAUCCAGGCUUUCAGACGCAUGUCUAUGACUUCUGAUGUUCGUUCCAACAUCCAGAGAGUUGCGCUUUAUGCCAAAGGUGCUGUUCAGAAGAGACUGGCUGCCUAUCUCAUCUUGAUGAGAAAGCCUGAGGAAAGCGACCUGGAGGUUGUGAAGAAGAUCCUCACCCAGGACCAGAAUGUGCAAGUCAAAUCCUUUGUGGCUUCCCAUGUCUACAACAUUAUCCAUUCCAAGGACCCUGAAAUUCAAGAGUUGGGCAAAAAGAUAGUCGAGGUCAUGCAGGACGAUGAGGUGUUUAGCCACUCCAACUUUACUCAGCUCUCUCGUAACUAUAAGAUGGAUGCAUUUAUGCCAGCAAAGGAAGCAAUGGGCUCAAGCACAAAGGGAAGCAUCAUCUUUGACCCCAGCAGCCAACUGCCCAGGGAAGUUAUGCUUGAGACAACCCUGAAGGCCUUCGGUUACAACCUUGACUUCCUGGAGUUUGGCGUGGAGGGCAAAGGAUUUGAGCCAACUGUUGAGACUCUCUUUGGAAGCAAUGGCUUCUUCCCUGACACCAUUUCCAAGGCAAUGUACUGGGUUGGGGACAAGAUGCCAAACAAAAUGAAUGAGGUUCUGCAGGAAUGGGUUGAGCCCCUUAGAACAGAGAAGACUAAGAGACAGGUUCCUGAGAACAUUGUAAGGGAAAUGGUGCGCAACUUCAACAAGCUUGCUAAGGAUCUGUACAACCUGGACUCCCCAGAGGCCGUGGCCUACUUGAGGAUCAUGGGAAUUGAGCUGGGAUACAUCAAGAGCACCAGUGAACUGUCUGUCAUUGUCGACAGGAUGGUCACAUACGUUCAAGCCCUCAAGUCCUCACCUGCUUUGAUUACAAAGGCCUUGAUGUCCGGGGAUCAGAGCUUUUUUGCUCAUUAUAUCUUUAUGGAUAAUGAAUUCUCCCUACCAACCGCCUCUGGAUUCCCCCUGAAGUUUGCUCUGUCUGGAACCUUUGCACCUGGAGUAAAGGGUGGUCUGCGUAUGGUGCCUGGCAAGAGUGAACUGUCUUUCUCACCCUCCAUGGGAGUUGAAUUUGUCACCCGUAUGGGAGUCCACAUCCCCAAGUUUGUUGUCUCUGCUGUGGAAAUGCACACUAACAUGUUUCAUGAAAGCUCUCUCAAUGCCAAAAUCACCAUGGGCGAUGGUCAAAUUAAGCUGUCUAUCCCUGCACCCCAGGGUCCUAACCAACUCUUCAGAGCCAGCAACAAGCUCGUGAUGGUGUCCAACACCCAGGUCGCACUUGUGCCUGACACAGGUGACAGGACCGUCAUUGCAAAGUGCAGCCCCCUCAUUUAUGGCAUCAAUUACUGUACUAGCAUUAUCUACUCUAGAGCUGUGACAAAUGCUCCACACUUUCCUCUCAAUGGAGAGUCCAUGUUUGCUGUAAACAUGGAGCCCACCGGUGAAGUCACUGAGUACACUGCAACCUUUGCCUAUGAAGUCUUGAACGAGGGCAAGGAAGGCCACCAGAGGGUUGAUUCUCUGAAAAUGAUUCUGCGAGCAGAAGGUGCUGAGCCCACUGAGGCCACUGCCUCUGUUAAGUACAACAGGAACAGUAAUGUUCUCACCACCAGCAUUGAGAUCCCUGACUAUGAUGUUGAGGCCGGAAUCAAAGUUGGUGUCACUGACAGCAUUGCUAAAGGAAAGAGGAUCACUAUUGAUAUCACAAACAAAAACAUUCCCCAGCUGUCUCUCAUCGGUCGUGCUAAGCUUGAGGCCAUGAGAGAAGGUUUGUUGGAAGCUCAGUUGAUUGUACCCUCAUUCAACACUGAAGCCACUCUUACUGCCACCAUCACCAAUACUGAAGAUUUGACUCUGGAACUCAAGAGUAACAUCAAGCUCCCAGAGACAAAGUCUGUGCAGAAGAUCACCUUCCAGUUUGCUGAUGAUAAGAUGAACGUUGAGCUGAAGUCUGACAUGGACUCAGAGAUUCAGAAGCUAAUGGCUAACACAGCACCUCUUCAGAGUCGCAUGCAUCAGAUCUUUGAUGACAUCAUGGAACAUCAAGUUGUUAAGACUGACAUGAAGCUUCGUCACAUUUAUGCCAAAAUCUGUGAGGCUUACCUCAUUUGGAUGGACAAGAUUUCUGCUGAUGUUCCCUACCUUCAGUUGCUAAGAGAGAACAUUCCUGAUCUGACUAUUCCAUCUUUGCCUGAGAGGGUGUUCAUGAACACAGAGAGCACAUUCAAAUACAAGUUCAACAAGGAUCGUUUCACAGUCACCAUUCCUUUGCCUCUUGGUGGAAAGACAUCUGAGGACCUGAGAAUCCCUCCUACCAUGGCCACCCCUGACUUGGCUAUACCUCAGAUUGGUCUAAUGCUGCCCUCUAAACAGUUCAGUCUACCUACCUUCUCCAUCCCCUCCAGCUAUGACCUCUCAAUGCCACUCCUCGGAAUGGUAGAGGUAUCUGCCAAAGUGAGCACCAACUUCUAUCAAAUUGAGGGAGUUUUCUCUGGUGGCAACAACACUGUCAAUGAGCCCAGCUACAUUGCAAGCUACAAAGUGUCUGCUAACAGCCCUGUGGAACUUCUUGCCUUUACUGUGGAAGGAACUGCCAAAAUUGCUGACACCCCAGAGGACAUUGCAAAGGUUGACAUCAGUUCUUCCCUGCACCAUAAGCUCAUCAAUGCACGUUUCAGCAUAAUGGAAACAGCCAAAAUCACAGAUGCAGUCAAGACUACAGGAAAUUACAAGAUUGAAGCUUCCAGCCCUCUGGGUAUGCAGAUGUCCCUGGUGUACACAGCCCAGGCUUCUAUCUCCUCUGAAAUCACAGGCGAUGGCAAUUUGGAUGGAUCAUUGAAAGUAGGCCCCAUGUCUGCUAGCACCACUGCCACCCAAACUUUUGUACUUCAACCCAAAAGCAGAGAAGCAAGAGCUGAAUCCUCUAUCAGGGUGAGUUCUCCCAUUUUCCAAAUCCAAAACAAGAUGAAAGCUACAGCAGCCAGUGGAGAACUUUCAUUUGAGUCAAACACAAACAUCAACAAUGACCCAAUUCGUCACACCACCACGUUCAACAUUGAGCUCAAGGAGGCUCAGUUAACCUUCAAGGCAGAUUCUAUCACCAAAGCUGAUGAGCGCAUGCUUCGCAACCAGGUAGGCUUCUCUGCAAGCAUGGAGGAGGCCACUAUCAGGAUUGAGUCCCAGGCUGAUGACAAUACAAACCGUGCUUACUCCCUGCUUGCUGGAUCCCUGAACACUCAGGGACUGGAGCUGAAUACAGAUGCCACUAUCAACUUUGCUGCCAACCGAGCCUCCCACAAAGGCACCCUGUCCUUCACCAAGGAUGGCUUGGCCACUAGCUGUACCACCAAUGCUCAGGUCAGUUCCGUGACCUUUGAAUACAUCUUCAAUGGUGGUAUUGCAACAUCUGGUGCUACAAUGUCUGUAUCUACCAAGGGAACAGUCCAUGAGAACAGUGCCGAACUUAAAGUUGAGGGAGGACUUGCAAGCUCAGAGGUAUACCUAAACAGCAUGUAUAAGGGUGACAUCUUCAAUGCCAACACUAGAAACAGGAUCACUUUCAAGUUGAAUGAAGAGGGCCUGAACCUCUCUAACAAGUUGACUGCAUCGCUUCUGGAGAUGAAAAUAGAAAACACUGAUUCUCUGAUACUUACCCUCAAAUCUCUGGCCAUCAACUCUGAGUCUGACAACUUCCUGAAUGAGAACAACUUCUACAAGCACAACAUCGCAGUGGACAUUCAUGACUUUACAGCUUCUUUCAACGUCAACAAUAAUCUUAAGGUCAUCGGUGUCAACUUCAUCAAUGAUGCCCAGAUGAAGGCAGAGCUUUACAAGAUGGAAUUUACUGGAACUCUGAAGGGAACCUUUGGUGAAGAGGAGCUGAGACAUACAUAUGAGAUCACCUACGCUGACCAGACAGCCACUGCAAAGUGCAGCACCACUGGAACACUCCUAAGCUCUCAAAUGACUCAGAGCUCUGACCUUGAGAUUGUUGGAUUUUCCUCAAAGUUCAUCAAUGAGGUGCACUUCAAAUCUCCCUCUCUCCGACUGGAGAGCAAAUUACUCACCAAAGCAGAACCAUUCAGCAUGAAUGUUGAGAGUUCCUUCAACUCUGAUGGAGAGCUCAACCUGUUUGGAAAACACAGUGGUCAGGUGAACAGCAUGCUGCUCCUACGUGCCGAACCUAAGUCAUUCUCACACAAGCAUGAAUGCAAGGCCUCAACCUUUCACCAGCUGAACGCUGGAAACUCCAUUGAAACUAACUUCCAGAAUGAAAUAACCAGUGUUUUCACACCUCAGCAGCAAAAACUGAACAUCAAGAUGGAGUCUAAGCUAAACGGUCAUGCCUUUGACCAGAGCUUAGAGAUCUUCAACACUCCAGAGAACAUUGGUGUUGCAUUGAAAGGCACCGUAUUAACUAGUCUCUUGAAUGAAGAAAAGAGCAAUCAGAAAUUUGCCAUCACAAGUGCUGUGAAAUAUAAGAAGAACAGUGACAGUCAUUUUAUUUCCCUGCCCUUCACUGAGAAGCUGCCUGCUCUCACUGAGGAGAUCAAAAAUGCAAUGCUGACCAUGAAAGAUCAGAGCAUUGACGUGCUUAAUGGCAUUGAUGGAAAAUAUGACAUUAGAGCCACUCUGCAGAACAAAGGAAGUGAACUCCGGCAAGUAAUUGAAGAUUUUGAUGUGGAGACGUUUUAUGAUGAUUUAAAGCUUUUCAGCGUCUACUCAGCAGAAACAAGAAUUGAACAAACCCUGCAGCUUGUCAGGCACUGGAUUGACCAUUUGGAACAAAGAACUGGCAUUAUCACCAAAAUAAAUGAAAUCUACAACAAAGUCGAUGAGGUUCUAGCAGAAUAUAAGAUUGAGGCAAUGGUAGGGAAAAUCACUGAUGAGGCUGUGGACCUAAUGAAGCAAUACAAGCUAAGGGAAACCAUGCAAUCAGCUGUAAGUUAUCUAAAAUCUAUUGGCAUCAAACCACUGUUUGACAAAUUCUUUGAACAGGUGAUUGAGCUGAUCAAACAACUAAAUACCAAAGCCAAACAAAUGAUUGCUUUUGAUUAUGACACCCUGGCUGAUGAAGUAAAGCAGAUGGUCACUGACCUGAGCAAAAUCCCCUGUUUUGGAAUUCUGUAUGGUGAAUUUGAGAUCAUAGCCCCCAAGCACACUCUGAAGACCACUGCUGAAGUGAAAAAUGCAACAGACAGCUCUGAUGCUCCUCAGUUCACUGCCAACCUGAAUUCUCAGUUCCGGACACCUAUUGAUCUCUUGGCCUACACCUUUGAUGCCACUGCUCACCUUAACAUCCCCAGAAUGAAUGAUAUGUCCCUGACUGAGACAGUGAAAGCCAACCAUAUGGCUUUCUCUUUUGAUCACCAGGGAUCCUUGUCCAUUAAUGGUGCUUCAGCCAAGGCAUCUGCUAUGACCUCUGCUAAGGCAACCACAGAACCAUACAAUGCUGAGUUUGUGAACAAUGCAUCCCUGAACAUGGAGAGUGGAUUCUCAGGUACUUUGGAGACUUCUUACAGCCACAGUGUGAACAUGCCAGUGGCCAACAUCUUUGGUGAAGCCACAAUGACCCAGAAGGCUGCUGCUCAGCUGGAAUCUGGCAUCAUCAGCCUCACCCUUGGAAAUGAUGGCAAAGCCAAGUACUCUGUCCAUGAUUAUUCUGAUGACGGAACCCACAAGAGUGACUUGGAGAUUUUGAUUAGUGUAGAGUCCAUAAAACUGACCUUCAGUGGUGCUACUGAUAGCAGUUUUCUCAAGAUGAAGCAGAAAGUGGAUGCCGAGACUGGUGAUUUCACUCAGAUCACAUUUGAUGCACAAGCAGAGACAGAAACUCCCUUCAUCAAGAGCAGCAUUGCAGUUGUUAAAGGGCAGAUUCAUGUAAAGGACCCAAUGGUUGAAUUGAGUGUGUCCCACGAUGCUGAACUGAUUGGCAAAGUUGAGGGUACCAUUUCCAACUCAGUUAACUUCAAAGCAGUGCCUUAUGAAAUCAUCUUUAAAACCAAGAACAAGGAGAACACCAAACUUGUGCUUCCCUUUAAGCUGUCCGGUAAAGUUGAUUUGCAGAAUGACAUGUCAUUAACUCUAAGUCCCACAGUGCAACAGGCCAGCUGGACCGGUCUUGCUAGGUUCAAUCAGUAUAAGUACUCUCAUAACAUUAAUAUGGCUAACAGUGAGAAGGAAAUUCAGAUCUCUGCAUCAGUCAAUGGUGAAGCUGACCUUAAUGUGCUCACCUUGCCAAUUAACAUCCCCAAAGUGACUGUCCCAUUCAUUAACAAGGAAACACCAUAUGUAGAGAGAUUUUCUUUAUGGGAGGAUGCAGGCCUUAAAAGAGUCUUGAUCACACCUCAGCAGACCCUUGAUAUAGAUGCACAGCUUAAGUAUGUGAAGAACCUAGAGAAGUUCAACAUGGAGCCAAUUCUCAAUGCUAUCAUUAGGAAAAUCAAAAUACCCAUUUUUGCACCCAAUUUCAAUUCCAAAAUCACAUCAGAUAGAUACUCAUGUCCUUAUUUCACAGUGAUCACUCUACCCAAUAUACAGGAGUCAAUCAUGAUCCCUGUCAUGGGAGACCUAACCUAUGAGUUCUCUGUGAAAACCGCUGUGAUGACCAUGAACACCAAGGCUGAGAUCCUUAAUCAGGAUGAGACUGCUGCUCAGUUUGAAACUCGUGCAACCUCCGAGUUUGAUAUUUUCAAUGGCAUGACCAGUGGCUCUGCCACCUUGAACAUGAAUUCAGGGAUAAAUUUGUUCACCAAGCUCAAUGUGGAGCAUAAAUAUUUUGAGAACAACUAUAAUGGACUUUUUCAGUCCAACCCCGAAGUCUCUAAGGCUGUUAUUUCAAAUGCCGCUAAAGUCAAUCUGCCAGCUGUGAAAUGUAUGCUCUACCACAAACUAACUGGAAAUGCCGAAGACGGCCUUACUGUCUCUGUAUCUUCCCCAUCUGCUGGACUCCUUGGUCUUCAGCUGCAGAGCAAGAGCUUAUCCUACUAUACUGGAAGACUUUUUGGUGCUUAUCCGUCUGAGGACAAUGUAGACAUCCUGAAGGUAAAUGUUGCGGUAAUGGACUCAAACAGGUUGAGCUUCCAGACAGAGUGGAACAAGGAGGUCCCCAGUCAGAUUCUCAGGUGGCUUAAGGAGAAAGUUGCUUCCUUAAAGGAUCUGAAAGACACAAUAACAUAUUACAUCAAUGCAGUUUAUGAUGAUAUCAGCAAGAAGUAUGAGAAGCUAGAGAGUACCAUUGAUGACAUGAAGGAUCAAGGUAAAGUCAUUUACAGGAGAGCAGCUGAACAGAUUGCUGCUGCUGACCUCACAGGAAUCUGCAGUAAGAUCUCUGAAAACAUGGUGAUCUUCCUAAGAGCAUACCAGAAUAAUAUCCAAACCCUGUUGGAGGCAGCCAUCUCAUUUAUGAGGGACACCCAGUUCCAGCUUCCUGGACACUCUGAGAAAUUCUCUGGACUUGAGGUCUACAAUAAAAUCAGUGUCUUCAUUGCUGAUGUCAUCAAAGAGGCCAUCACAAGGAUACCAGAGGUCGUCGCCACGUAUGCUGAAACUGUCACUGAGUAUAUCAGAGAAGUAGAAGUCACAAUUCCUGGGUCCACCUACAUUAUCAAUGGAAGAGAAAUGUUAGAUGACUUCCAUGCUGCUUUCCAGAAGAUCCAAAGCCAAAUGAUCACCAUCGUGAAGGGUCUGGGUGAUGUUAGUUUUGAGACCAUUGUGCAGAAACUGUCUGAAAUCCUGAAAUUCAGUGUGGAGAAGGCAGAGGAGCUCCUAAACACUAUCAAAUUUCAAGAUCUGGACAUGCUCUCCAGCUGGAUCAGCAAUGUCUACACUGAUGCUGUCAACUCCAACUUCCUGAGUGAGAUUACUGAGCAUGUUGAGAAGUCCAGGAGAAUUAUUGAAGACUACUAUAAAACUGUCAAAGCUAAGGCCCAGGAAAUCUUCGCUGAGAUGACCAUUGAGCAACUGAUUGCAGAUAUCCAGGCCUGGAUUGAUUCUACUGUGGCCCGUCUGCAAGUUAUCUUGAACCAGUUUAUCGAGACUCUUAAGGAUGCCAUCAAGGAUGUUCAAUCCUAUGUGAGAGUGAGUGACACAGAGAUGGACAUUGACAUUCCUCUUCCAUUCAUAUGGAAUUUUAUUAGUGGAGUGUUUUAUGGUCCUUGUAUCAAGACACUCUCCAGCUAAACUAUUUACUAAGAUAAAUUAUCAAUAUUGCCUCAUUAAAAGUGUUAUGCCUAUACAACAUGUGUCCAAGCUGCUUUGGUUCCCUCUCUUUGUUUAGUAAGUGACUAAUUUAGAAUAGUGUUCUCUAAUGUAAAUGUCUGAAUGUUACAAUCUAUGCCUUAUUGUAUUUAAAAAGCAAUGACAGUGAAGUCCCAAUAAAAACUAUUUGUACUGCA